UCAAUAUGGUCCGGGAUUUCCUGGUUAUACUACAAGGAUGAAUGUGGGCGUUGCUCACAGUGAAGUGAACCCCAACACGCGGGUGAUGAACAGUCGCGGGAUCUGGCUCGCUUACCUGCUAGUGACAGCUGUGCUGCACGUGGUCCUUCUGAGCAUCCCAUUUUUCAGCGUGCCUGUCGUCUGGACCCUCACAAACGUCAUCCACAACCUACUCAUGUAUGUGUUUUUGCACACGGUGAAGGGCACUCCGUUUGAGACACCAGAUCAAGGAAAAGCUCGCCUGCUCACACAUUGGGAACAGAUGGAUUACGGCGUCCAGUUCACGUCCUCACGGAAGUUCCUCACCAUCUCACCCAUCAUUCUAUACAUCCUGGCCAGUUUCUACACCAAAUAUGACACCAUUCAUUUUCUGGUCAAUACAGGCUCCUUACUCAGCGUCCUUCUCCCUAAGUUACCUCAGUUCCACGGUGUUCGGAUAUUUGGGAUUAACAAAUAUUGAACAGACAGGAAGAGAGGAAAAAAAUGUUACCUCUGGUCCAACUGAACCCUGAUAGAUAAAAACUGCACUGAACUGUAAUAUUGUGUUACACUGUGUUUUUUUCUUUAUUUUGGUUCAUUGUUCAUCAGGUGAACAAAUAAUGCUCAUAUUUCUAUAACAAUCAUGAUACUUACAAACAACUUGAACUU